AUGGCAAAGAAUGAGGACCAAGAUCUCAAACACCUUUACUCUCAAGGUAUCCAAAUCUGGAGUAGAAGUCAAGAAGUUUUGGAGGAAGAAGCUCUGAAGGAACUCGAAAUCCUUGUUGAUGAAAACCAUCAAGAUAACAAGGAAUCAGGAAUUACAGAUGUUGAAAUAAAAUUUGACCAGAAAAUACAUGAAGAUAGUCCUUCGACCUCAUCUUGUACAGCUGCUGAAAGUGAUUUCACUUACAAUUUGCAUGACUAUUAUGAAGAUGAAGAAGACGAAGAAGAACCGAUAGAAGACCCGGGAAGCGAUUAUAUCCCUAGCGAUGAAGAAUAUCGACAAGAAACUAAUAUAGCAUUAUCGAAACCAAAAAUCCAAAAGAAAACGCAAAGUAAAAAAAAAUCUUCCCCACGCCUAAUAAAAGUUACAGACGACGCGCUUGAAAAAAAUUACAAAUCUAGACUUGACAGCUAUUAUAAAAGACUAGAAAAAGAACUUGAGUUACUCGGAGUCCAAAAUGAAACAAAAAAACCUUACAAGAAACUCAAAGGAGGCCUGAAAGUUCCCACUGAAAUUUGGAACAGGCUCUAUGAAUAUCAAAAAGAAGGUGUUUAUUGGUUAUGGGAACUACAUCAAAGAUGCAGCGGAGGUCUAUUGGGUGACGAAAUGGGCUUAGGCAAAACUGUCCAAAUUAUAGUAUUCCUUCAUGCCCUUCAAUAUAGUCAAUAUACCUCGAAACAUGGAAGAUUUAUAGGAGUUGGUCCAACAAUAAUAGUUUGCCCAGCCACAGUUAUUCAACAGUGGGUGAAACAUUUCCACGAAUGGACCCCAGAGUUUAGAAUAGUAGUUUUACACCAAUCAGGAAGUUAUCAAGGACAAAAAUCUAAACUAAUCAAUGCGGCCAAUAAAAAUAAAUCAAUAAUUAUAACUAGUUAUGCAGGGAUACUCAAAUACAAAGGCAAUAUUUGUGAAUACCACUGGCAAUAUUUAAUACUAGAUGAAGGCCAUAAAAUAAGAAAUCCCAGCUCACAGGUCACUGUUGCAGUUAAAGAAAUUAGAACACCGCACAGAAUAAUGUUAACUGGCAGCCCUAUGCAAAAUAACUUGACAGAACUUUGGAGUUUGUUUGAUUUCACAAAUCCAGGAAUGUUGGGGAGUUUGAAAAUAUUUACAGAACAUUUUGCAACUCCCAUUUUACAGGGAGGGUUCACCAAUGCAACUCCAAUGCAAGAAGCCACAGCAUAUUCAGUAGCUUCAACAUUAAAAAAUAUUAUUUCUCCUUUUUUUUUGAGAAGAAUGAAGGAAGAAGUUAAGGAACAUAUUCAGUUGCCAAAUAAAAGCGAGCAAGUGCUAUUUUGCUCUUUGACAGAUUGUCAAAGGGAUUUGUAUAAAGAUUAUCUAAUGAGCGAACAAGUUAAUAAUGUUUUGGGGAGAGGUAUUAAGAAUUGGAAAAGUGAUAAUGCAAUGAAAGGGAAUAUAUUAAUGGCUAUAACAGCGUUAAGAAAAAUAUGCAAUCAUCCUGAUUUAUUAGUGCAUGAAGAAGACGAACCAAUAAAUGAAUACAAAAAAUCAGGUAAAAUGGUUGUUGUUUCUGCUUUAUUGAAAAUAUGGAAGAAGCAGGGCCAUAGAACAUUAUUAUUUUCACAAGGAAGAUCAAUGAUUAAAAUAUUUGAGAAUUUUUUGGACAAACAAGGAUAUGCAUACUUAAAAAUGGACGGCACUACUAGCAUUAGCUCUAGGCAAGGAUUAAUAGAUAAAUUUAAUCAAGAUAAAAGCUAUGAUGUUUUUUUACUAACAACAAGAGUCGGAGGUUUAGGUGUAAAUUUAAUUGGAGCCAACAGAGUUAUUAUUUAUGAUCCAGAUUGGAAUCCGGCAACUGAUACUCAAGCCAGAGAACGUGCCUGGAGGAUCGGACAAGAAAAAUCUGUUACAAUUUACAGACUUCUUUGUGCAGGCACUGUAGAAGAAAAAAUGUAUCAAAGACAAGUAUGGAAACAAUUAUUGAGCAAUAAAAUAUUAAUUGAUCCAACAACCAAUAAGUUUUUCAAGUCUUCUGAUUUGUUUGAUUUAUUUUCUAUGCCAGAAGAUCCACAAGCCAAUCCUGAGACUGCUAAUAUUUUUAGAGAAUCUAGAGUGAAAAUUCAAGAGAAAAUUGAGGAAAAAAAGCGGUUGAAAAAGGAGAAGAAGAAGAAAGACAUUGUAGUGACAGAGGAAAAAGUUGAGUUCUCAGCUGAUAAGAUACAAGCUAUGAAGAAUUUGGCACAACAAAUUGCUAGAAAUAUUUCUAAAUCUAAUGAGACAGUUUUGCCAAAAAAAGAGGCAUAUCAGUUGCAAUUGGAAGAAGAGAGAAAAAAAAAACUUGAAGAAAAACAAAAAUUAAAACAACUAACACCGCAAGAAUUAUUUGAAUAUAACAGAUGGAAAGCUGCACAACGUGAAGAAGAAACAAUAAAUAAAAUGGACGAUAAAGUGAGUAAUGUCAGUUUUGAAGAAGCUCUAGAAAAAAGUUCAAAAACAGCCGAACUGUAUCAUAAAUUAACAAACAAGGAUAUAAAAUCCCUAAUUCCUGGCCCAAGCACAUCAAACAAUGAUCAAAAAUCAAGAAAGCGCAAAAAAGGAGCCUCGAUAGACACUUCAGGAAAAAUCGAUGGUGAACAAGUGGAAGGUUUGUUGAAACGAGAAACCAAAAAGCUAAAAUAUGAUGAAACUUCCAACGAAAAUCGAGAUAAUUUUAUUCUGGAGCAUUUAUUUUCUAAAAAAGGAGUCUCUGGGGCACUGGAGCAUGACUCAGUAUUAAAUGGAGGCAAAAAACAGCAGAGUUUAAAAGUGAGGACAGAUGCUGAUGAGAGAGCCCUAAAGUCUUUGGAAGCUUUGAAGAAAUCUAGAUUAAACCAUUGGAAAUGGUAA